AUGAAGCUCGGCUCUUCGAGAGCCUUUGGCUCAUUCAGAGCCCUUACGGUCUUGGCUUGGGUUCUCUGUUGGGCCACGUCCCGGUCCUUCAAGCUGUCGGGGUCUCCCAUCCCGGUGACCGACUCCGCGAAUGCGACCGUCCAGGAGAUUGUGGAGGAGGUCGUUGCUGACGACUUGAAGCAGGACAUGGAGGAGAUCAACAACAUGUCGAACCCCAUGACGGAGAACGCGAGUGAUCCCGGUGAGGGUUUCGGCCAGCUCGCCAAGAACUUGGAGUUUCUUCUCGUGAAGGUCGCACAGCUCGAGGCGGUUGCUGAGAUGCAGCAGGCUGAGCUGAUAUCGUAUCGGAAGAAGUUCGACUCGCAGCAAAGCCAGAUCGAUUCCCUCCAGGCCCAGAUUGGCCACCACGAGCCGCAAGACGGCGGGGCCUUGCUGGAGAUGGAGCAGAAAGAUGCGCAAACGCGGCUGCAGGAAGCCCAGGACGUCGUCAAGAGAGUGUUUCUCAAGCACAACCGUCAGCGAGAGAAAGGCAUCCUCCAUCAUGAAGAGGACAUCGCCACCGCAGCCGAAAGUGGAGAGUCGCAGGGGUCGUCGUCCGAUCGCGAGUCUGGAUUUUGGAAUCACCGGAGAAGGAGAUUUCCCCAAGUUAUCGUCGACUCGGGAAAGGCUGCUGUAGAUGCCGCGAAGAACCCCAUCGACACCUUGAAGGAUGGAUACAAUGCUGCUACCGAUAAGGCUGAAUGGUUGAAGAACAACGCAAUCUCGACUGUGGAGCAGGCCGUUGCGAUUCUGAGCCAAGGCUUCUCGAACUUCGGCGCCAGCUGCCCAAACAGUGCUGCGCCUUCGAUCAGAACAUUCAACUCUCAUGAACUCAAAAUCUACUUUGGGGAUCUCCGCUGCAAGAUCAGCCUGAUGGGGCAGGACACCCCCUUGUUCGGACUCAACUUCGGCGAGCACAGAAUUGGUUUGCCGAGCCAGUUCAAAAUUCUUUUCCACCUGGGAUGGGAGCUGGUGGACACCUGCAGGGGCACACACAACCACAUUGAGGUGACCAAGUGCCUUGCCAGAUCGCUUGCAAGAGUCACUCCUCCAUUGGAUCUGCUUCCGUCGCAGAUGCGGAUACUUUAUCACAUCGGGUGGGAGCUGCAGAACACCUGCCACACCCACAACCACAUUGAGGUGACCAAGUGUCUUGCCAGAUCACUUGCGAAGUUCAGUCCACCAGUGGACUUCCUGCCCGACCGGUUGAAGAAAGUUGCUAAUGGCCAAGUCUUGGAUCUUCUGCCUGAUCAACUGAAGAAAGUUGCCAAUAACCAAAUCUUAGAUCUUCUACCCGAUCAGCUGAAGAUUCUUUUUCACCUUGGCUGGGAAUUGACUGGCAGCUGCAAGGGAAACCACAACCACGUCGCGGUUACGAAGUGCCUUGCCAGCUCGCUUACGAAGGUCGGGAAACUGUUGGACUUCCUGCCCGACCCAUUGCAGAAGGUCGCGAAUGGAAAAGUCUUUGACCUUCUGCCCGAUCAGCUGAGAAUUCUCUUCCACCUGGGCUGGGAAUUGUGGCACAGCUGCAAGGGAAAUCACAACCACGUUGAGGUGACCAAGUGCCUUGCCAGAUCGCUUGCAAAGUUCAGUCCUCCAUUGGACUUCCUGCCCGACCCGUUGAAGAAAGUUGCCAGCGGCGACAUCAUGGGGCUCUUACCGGGACAGUUGAACCAGAUUGCCAGUGGCAACAUCAUGGGGCUGAUGCCUGGGCCGAUGCAACUUCUCGGAGGUGGCCAGGCGAAUUCCAUCCAAAAUAUGCUUACCCUGGGCAACGCGCUCAUGGAUUGUUCCGACUCCCAGCAAAGCGACCUGGUGAAGUGCCUUGGCUUCAAGAUCAUCGCAAGUAAUCCUCCCCUGAACUUCUUGAACCGCCUGGGUGACAUCUUCGCAGAGUUCGUCGGGACUUUUGCCAAGGUGGCCGCCGCC